AAAUACAUUAAUUAUUAUUAUAAAUCGAAGACUGACGGUUAUACUGGUGUGAAUUAUUUUUCAGUUCCAUAAGAAAAAUAAUGCAAACUCCUAAAGAGAUAUUUCAAAAGCGCGUAACGAAAAGUCAUCUUAUGAAAAUACCAUUUAAUGAAAGGAAUAUCAAUUCCAAUGAAGAAAACUACAUUCCACAAGAAUUUCACAAAAGAAAUAAUAAAUUUAAAUUGCAAGAGAAAAAUGUGGCGGAACAUGGAACAGAUAAUCCAUUUGAUUUGCCACCACACUCUCGACUAUUUAGUCAUAAAAGAUUAUUAAGAAAGAUCAAACCAGAGCCAUUCAUUAUGUCAGAAACACGUGCGAUAUGCGACAUUGAUAAUAAUUUCUACAAUAUAAUUGAAGGUAGAUCUAUUAGACAGUUUGUUGACGUAAAAGUAUACAUGGGAGACAUCAGAGAUAUAACACUCUUUAAAGCUAACGCUGCGUAUUUAGAAGACCAAGUAAUACAAUUAGAUUCAUUUUAUACUUUUGAAUUAACUGAGUACAAUGAAAUUAAUACACUAUUUAAGAAAUGCAAAGAUAAUUUUAUUCAGUGUGCAAAAGAUAGUUACUGCAGUGCUAAAAAUUUGCAAAUGGAAGCUGAAGUGAAAGCACUCGAAAUUGAAAAGGUCACAGAAGAGCUAGAAGCCCUUAGUUCCAAAUAUGUUACGUUGAGGAAUAAAUUAUCUGAUAUAUGUGCUAAUUUUGACACUUUAUCAAGAUACCGUCAAUUCCUGAAUUCAUUAACUCCACUGUGGUGGCAAGCACAGUACGGACCAAAAUUUAUGGGGAGAGAUCUUUUCUCAUAUACGGCGAGUAAUAUUUUUUCGAGUUCUGAAAUAUCACUAGUUGAUAGUAAAGUUAGCUUAAAAAUGUUUAAAGAUGUGCAAUUACAGCUAUACUUCAAAAAACCCGACGAGUUAAUGUCAAUUUUUGAAAACCUAUGUAACCAAUGCUUAAAUUAUUUAAACAUAGAAAUUUUUACUAAAAAGAUUUUAAAAAUAAUUUUGAAUAAUAAAGAUAUUUUGCAAGCGCGACUCCAUGCUGAAUUGAACGAAUUACAAGAAUACAUUUAUAUUUAUAGUGAUCUUGUUAAAUUCACUAAAGAAAAGGAAGUUCAUUAUAAAACAGUUUUUGAGAAAAUACUUAUGAAUGAAUUUCAAAACCUUUUCUCUUCAUAUGAUACCAUUAAGCUGUUUACAUGCCUCCAAUAUACUCACAGAAGGAUCUUUAAUACCUCUGAAGAUCCUAAAGAUAAUAUUGCAACUUUGAUGCUCAAUAUGGAACUACUUUACAUUGAACUAACCUCCGGAUUGGAUAAUUUGAAUCAGGAUGUAGUCAAACAAGCUACCGACGAGUUCUUUUCGAAGGAUUUAAAAAAUAUGACAAGAGCUCAUAAAGCGCAACGAUCUUUAAAAGAAUGUGAUAUAUUGAUGAAAGCACUCUAUGCUAGUUUCGAACCUCCAAGACGAAAAUAUAAGUAAUUUAUUUAUAAUUUCAAACAAUUACUCGUUAUAAAAUAAAUUAUAAGAAUGGAACAUUGUUAAAUAUUUAAUUGUACUAAGUGCGUAAUUAUGUCCGUUUUUUUAUUUAAUUCAAAGUUAGGUACAUAAAUAUUGUAAUAACA